UAGAGGGGAGAUUAACGGUCGGGGUUAAUAGAAAGUGAAGCACUAAUUAAGACAUGGGGAGUUCAAGUUCCAACAUUUUAUGUUUCUUGAUGCUCUGUGCAAGUUUUCUAGUCCCAGCAAGCUGCCGCAGCUACUCUCAUGGUGCUUUAUUUAUCUUCGGAGAUUCCCUUUAUGAUGCUGGGAAUAAUAUUUAUCUCAACACUAACACUCCCAAACCAAAUAUCUUUCCAUAUGGAGAGACACAUUUUAUGCAUCCCACAGGAAGGGCUAGUGACGGUCGAUUAAUUCCAGAUUUUAUUGCUGAAUUUGCAAAUCUACCAUUAAUUCCGCCAUAUUUACAACCCGGCAACCAUCAAUUCACAGAUGGAGUCAACUUUGCAUCAGGGGGAGCUGGUGCUCUCGUUGAAACUAAUCAAGGACUGGGGAUGGACCUUAAAACUCAAUUAAGUAAUUUCAAGAAUAUGGAGAAGCAGCUAAGGCAAAAACUAGGAGCUUCAGAAGUUAAGACAUUGUUAUCCACAGCUGUUUACAUGUUCAGCAUUGGAAGCAACGACUACUUGGUACCUUUCAUCACAAACUCCACUGUGCUUCAAUACUACUCCAAAAAAGAGUAUGUCAAGAUGGUUAUUGGCAACAUAACAACCGUGAUCCAAGAAAUUUAUAAGAUAGGGGGAAGGAAAUUUGGGCUAUCAAAGGUUCUUCCUUUGGGUUGUUUACCAGUCUCUCGAGCACUAAAACUAUCCAGCAAAGGUAGCUCUGGCUGCUUGGAAGAAGUUACGCUGCUGGCAAAACUACACAACAGAGCACUCCCUGAAGCUCUUAAAGAGCUUAAGAGCCAACUAAAAGGAUAUACUUAUUCAAUUUUUGAUGCCUACACUGUAGCAACUGCAAUUUUCAAUAACCCUUCAAAAUAUGGUUUCCAAGAGGUAAAAAUGGGAUGUUGUGGCAGCGGUCCAUUCAGAAGCUCCUUUACCUGCGGCCGGAAAGUAUACCAACUGUGCGAUAACGUUAGCGAAUAUUUCUUCUUUGAUGGAAUUCAUCCAACCGAAAAGGCCAACUAUCAAUUUGCAAAGCUAAUGUGGGAUGGGAGUCCUGAAAUCGUCAAGCCUUACAACCUGAAGACACUGUUCGAGAAAUAGCUCAACUUAUUCCCAGACAGGAAAUGACUUUGUUUACCCGUUCUGCACCUCGAAUAUGACUGAAUUUCAUUUUCUUGCUUCGAAGCUAAUAAGUUGAUUCAGGCU